UGAGGUAGAGGCAGUGAAGAGUCGAAGGUGUAUGUACCGCCGUGCGGCGCUGUCGUCGCCGCCGCUUGGCUUGCCACCACGGCUGCACCGACGCGACGCCGCCACCACCGCUGCCGGCCACCCCUCGCCUGCUGCUUGCCCGGUUGGUUUACGUUUCUGACAGUGGCCCGAGCGAGCGGUGACAGCCGAGCCAGCAGUCCUCAGUGCGCCGUCGUGCUGUGCAUAGCACCGUUUCUGCGUUCUGUGCGCCGUAAAUUCUCUUACCGCGUGGUCGGCCAGCUGUCAAACGUGCGACCGACGACCGACUUAUCAAACGGACGAGGCGUCGAUGCGGCUACCGAUAAACACGCAAAUUGAUCCGAUAAUUCUCCGCGUCAAGUGUUUUCGUUGCAUCGGGACGUGUUUUUCGGUCGACCGAUCGAUACGAUCGUUGUCUUUUUUUUUAAGCAAGAGAUUAAACAAAAGCGAAAUAAACGAGAAAGAUCGUACGAUCUUUCAAAGUGGAUGGAUAAAGUAAAAUGCGCAUCGUUCUGAGAAUUUUCUUCUCCAAGUUAUCGACCAGCGGAUCGUGCCGGGCAGUUUACCCCGCGAUCGACGUGUGUACGUAAUCGUCCGGACACGCGCGUCGUUUCUCCGAAAACAACAAAACCGACCUCGAGCAGAGGAGGGUUUUUUCCAAUAAUCUGUCGCGUUUCGUAUAUCACCACGAAUAUGACCGAGUUGGCAAAGGAAGCUUUCGCCUCGCGCAACUAUCCUCUCGCUGUAGAAAUGUACGAGCGUAGCUUGAAGCAGCAGGCGCCGAGUUUCGAAGUGCUCGUAGGCUACGGGGAUUCCUUGGCCAAGUGUGGUCGAAUCAGAGAAUCCAUCGGUGUUUACUCGAGAUGUUUGUCAGAGGGUUCCGUGCUACCGGAGAGAUUAAAACAUCUGGCGAACGCUUUGCUGGACGAAUUGUCUGGAACCGCGAUCACGGCCACGGGUUUCAGAAAAAAGAUAGAGACGUCGUUCGCGUGUCCCCUUUGCGAGGGAAUCUUGUGUCAACCAGUGACCACGAACUGCGGCCAUACGUACUGCAAGAAUUGCGUAGAACCGGGCAAGAGCUGUCGCGUGUGCGGGCAAAAGAUUGUCGCUGUGAGUGAGACGAAUGUGCUGGUGCAGAGACUGGUGGAAAAGUGGUGGCCACACGAGGCAGAAGCCAGCAGGGCGAGACACGAGGGUGACAUUUUGAUGAAGGAGGGACACCUGGGUCAAGCCCUCGAGAGGUACAACCUCGCAGUCCAUCUUGCGCCAAACAGCCCACUCCAUCUUAGCAACAGGGCUCACGUUUUGCUCCUGCUGAAUAGGCCUCAAGCCUCCCUUACGGAUGCUGAUCAUGCUGUUAGGCUACGACCGGACUGGGGCAAGGGUCAUUACAGACGAGGGGUGGCUUUGUCGGCUCUUGGCAGACACGAGGAGGCGCUGUUUGCCCUUUGUAUUAGCGUAGCUAUCGACAAGAAUCCUCAAGCUGUGCGUCACGAAUUGAUCAAGGUGCUGUACAAAGUGUUAUCAUCUGGACAUCGUCGUUACGGCCUGCCAUCUCGCACUCCCUACAAUUUGACCGAGGGUGCAUCGCGCACGAGGAGUCGUCAUCAGCUGAUGAACCCGAAGAGGAAUCGUCGAACAGUAUUGAAUGCCUCGGACUGUGAGGAUAAUAGCAGCGGUGGCGAAGAGGAGUUCACUCAGACUGUUAGCAGAAGGCUCCUGUCAACCACAGCACCACAAAACAACAUGAAGCUGCAGGCUGGCCUAGAUCGUCUCUACCAAGACAUAGAAAAGCUGAAAAGGCUCGAAGCGAGACCCGCUGAAAUUCUCCUACCGCCCCUUUCCGGUGGCACGGCAGGCGAGUUAGAUUGCAUUCUGUGCUGUCGACUCUUAUGGAAACCCGUAACGACACCAUGUGGGCACACGUAUUGCUGGAUGUGUUUGGAUCGUUGCUUGGAUUAUUCCUCCGCCUGCCCUUUGUGCGUCACGUCUCUCGUCGAUUACUUGGCCAGCAGCCAGAAGACGGUGACGGACUUCGUCGAGAGGGCAUUGAAGACCGUGGCCCCGGCGGAAUACGCCUCCAGGGCAGCCAGCCACCGAUUAGAACUGGUCCAGGGACUUGGCCUCCUGGGUAGCGAGCAGAUCGCGGUUUUUGUUUGUACCACGGCGUUUCCUUGCGUCGCCUGUCCCCUGUUCGUCUACGAGCCGAGAUACAGGCUGAUGGUGAGGAGAUGCGUCGAGAGUGGCGUUCGCCAGUUUGGUAUCGCGGCGUGUCUCAACAGAGAAGCGACGGGGACGAAGAGAUACGCGGAAUACGGCACUAUGCUUGAGAUUCGAGAUAGAGUUCUGCUGAAAGAUGGUUGCAGCAUUCUUAGCACAGUCGGGGGCAGAAGAUUCAGGGUUCUCUCUGGAGGAGAAAGGGACGGUUAUGACACGGCUCAAGUAGAAUUCCUGAGGGAUGCGAUGGUUCAGGAGGAUCAACUUUUGAAUCUCUUGGAGCUUCACGACAAGGUGAGAACGAAAGGAAGAAGAUGGUGGGACACGGUGCCAUUGUCCCAGCAAUUAGAAAUACAGCGAGUAUUCGGUCGAAUGCCAGACACCGAAGAAGAUUGGCCGCGCUUGCCGGACGGCCCAUCGUGGACCUGGUGGUUGUUGGCGAUUUUACCGCUUGGUCCUCAGCUGCAAGUGGGAAUUCUCGGUACGACGAGUCUGGAGAAGAGAUUAAGGGCUAUCGAAAAGACUCUCGACCAUAUGGAGCAACGGCAAUUGACUGUCGCCCCAGCGCCAUCGGAAGAAACCACCACUUCAUCCAGCAUAUGUCGAGACGAGGGUGGCCUCACAGACACGACAGUCUCGGUGGUACAGUAACGUUAAAGGAACAAAGGAUAAGAAGAAGUUGGAAAGAUGUCCUCUCAGGACAAUUCGUUCAGAUCAUUUCGCCAUGAGAUGGUGAUUUAAUGGGAUUCGACUUUCAUUCGAUGUACAAAGUACUUGGAGAAUAGCUUAUCGAAGAUUACUACUUUUUACUCGGUAUUUAAUAUACACGCAUUGUAUCCGGAAGCGAGGAGAGGAAAACCUGUAGCUCGGUCGAUCGGCAACCAGGUUCUCCGUGUGCAUCGAUUCCCCCACUUUUCUUCUUAUACUUAACCCCGUUAGUUGCGUUUUAACUCGAGUACUAUCUCUCUUUCUCUCUUUAUUGGGUACUCGUUAAAAUUACACAGCCAAGCGCCUUAUCGACGGAACGAUGAUGGUGCAAUUAGAAGAAGCGAGACUAGGAUCGAACAAAGGGUAACAUCGUUGUCAUUCGAGUAGUCGUUACGUUCCACUAACGGAACCUAGUUAGAACGGGGGGUUGAAGCGAGAGAUGUAAACGAAGAAAUUGAUCUCGUCGAUUUGCGCGUUAUAGCUCGUCCAGAAUUAAUUCGAUCGUGCGUGUGAUUAUUCUAAGCAAUAUUACAAGCAACCCGCUCUUUUACAAUCUCGCUACGUGCUUCGACACAUAUUUUGUGACGUUUGUGUUUUCUGACAAGAGAUUGACGACGGUGUAGCUGGGCCGGUGCUGUCAAUGAACGAAACUUGUUCGUAUUUUUCUCCACGCAUAAAAAUCACUAUGUCCUUUAUGGAAUCGAUUACAUUUACUAGUAUGCAUUACGAUACGUGUAACAUGGUAUCAGUUAUUGUUCCUAUACUGCAUAUAACAAGGGAGAAGCAACGAACGAAGCGACAGCUUUCGCUUCAGUUUCUUUGACAGCACUGAUUUCUCACUGGUCUCUUUGAAAUAGACCAAAUAACACAGAGUUGAUACGUUCCGUGCUGUACGACAAUUUCAGAAUCAUCUGGUAAAAUUAUACUAGGAAAUUUAGUUAUAGAUAGUAACCAAUUCCUAAUCUUCUAGCAUUUUCUAAACUUACCUAACUUUUAAAUCUAUCUAUUAGCAAUAAAUUAAAAGUUAUUAGCCUUUGUCUUUCGUAUCUCUCGCGUGCCAUCGAUAGUGUAGCUGACACGGAACGUGUCAAACAAUACGGUGAGACUCAUUCCUACCUUUUGAACGAUAAGUUAAUUUCGGGCAAGCUAUAACGCAAGAUCACCAUAUUCUCGAUAUUUAUUACAAAAUUAGCUAGACUAUCGAUAGCCGAUCGGCUCUCACAAAUACACGUUUUAUAUUCGAAACUCGUCGUUAACGUCGAUAGGAAUAUCGAAUCGAGAAUGUUCAAACUCUUAGCCAAUCAUCGAUGAAUCGACCAAAGUAGACGAUAGAGUCACAUAUCCGAGAUGAAAGGAGGGAUAUCGUUUACCUCGGUAAGGCGUGACCGUGUUCUUCGCGCUAUUGCAAUACGCAAAUCUGUUCUUCCAGAUAAUAUUAUAUAUACAUACAUCUAUAUGUAUACACACACAUUUAUGUAUACAUGAGCAUAUUAUACGUUGCAAUCAGAGGUACGCACGUCGUCGUCGUUUACGCUUAUGUUGUUCGUACCCGACGAGAACUUUUUAUCUUCGAAACGAAUCGCGCGAAUAUAUACUCAUAACGAUGGUACAAUGAUAGAACGAGAAGCGAGACGUACAUAUGUAUUUCGUCGUGAGUUUGCUGAGUACAAAACGUUCGUCGGAUGUGCGCGCGAUUAGAGCAGCGUGUUUUAGACUCUGUCGUGCGCGUAUCCAGUUUUAGCUCGUUCGAAUUGGCCAAUCUUGAGCUUUGGGGCGUGAAGAGCUUUUGUCUUUGAUAUUUACGAAAGUCGAAUAAUUUUUUUUCAGCGUAUUUUUCUUUCUACGCAAAAUGGAUUUUUGUAGUAUCUAAAUCAGAAGUAAGCAAACUGUACUUGACAAACUUUGACACACGUUGAGAAAGAAAGCACGAAUGUGUUGCUUAAAAUAAUUAAAGGAUCAUGCGCCCGGUUAUAACAUUUCUGAAUCUACAAUUUUAGACAACGAAACAAAUUUCAUUGACGAAAAAAGAAAGAAAACUAGAUAAGUUUGAUAUAAUUUGAAACUUAUAGAAUUGUUAUUAAACAGCAGAGCUAUUUGAAUAAAUGAUCUUUUAAUUAUUAUGAGUCAUAUAUUCUGUUUGCACUUAUAUUAACGUUUAAGGGGUCCAAUGAUGUUUGAUAAAUGAAAUGUUUUUACGCGUCCCAUGGUGAUAGAUACCGAGGAAAAUUGAUAAAUAUAGCGAUCGAGUUAGAUCUAGGUGAUGUUAAAUUCGGAGAAACGAGAAAUUUUAGGUGGAACGUUCUAUUUUCACUCAGCUUCUCGUAAUGAGCCAUACUUGUUGAAAAGGAAUUUACAACAACGACCAGUUUAUGUGGCAAAGCGCUCUUCAUGUGGCACGAAACUCAAUUUUUUAUACUGUCCGGCCUGUAUUCAGAACGCUCUAGUAGAACAAACUAUACUCCUUUUCUUUCCACAAAAGAGAAAAAAGAAGAAGAAGAAGAAGAAGAAGAAGAAAACGAAUAUAAUCUAUCAUAAAUAUUAAUACGAAAUUCUUUCAACUAAAUCUUCUUCGAAUAUCUCCUCGUUGAUGUUUUUACACGUAACGAUUUAUAUUUAUAAAAAUCUGUCGAAAAGAUUGAAAUUCUAAAAAGAGAAUUCUAUAUACUAUAAGCAAUCGUUGAGAAUUGAUAAUUAUCUCUUAAUCAAAAUUAGAAGCGUAACGUUGAUAAUCACAACUAUUCUCAUCGAGUAAACUGUAAUUUGCGUCCAAGCUGAAAAUUAUUCUGUCGUUGCACGAUAAUUGAAGAGUAUAUUCAAGAGUAUAAUAUUUUUAACGAUUAAUUUCCAACGUGGUUUUCCAACAGUGGCAAACUGGCCGUGAAACAAAGGCGUAUCGUUUAGUAAUAAUACAGUGUUAUGAAUACGAGCCUUUAAGUUUAUUCCGUCGCUCAUAAGACUUCUCGACUACGGUAGCGUAUAGUAAUUUAUUUUCAUGCGAUUUUUUAAACGUCAUUCGAGAGACACAUAUAACGAUCAUCAGAAGAGCUAGGGAACGUCAUAUCAGUCAUGCAAUCAAACGUACAGAAGAAACGAAGAAAGGAGAAUAAGAAAAUAUGAAAAAGAAAGAAAAGAAUCAUACGCGUCUGUUGUCCAUGAUAAUUGAUUAUUCUUAUUGUUAUCGUGAAUUAAUAUUAUUAUUAUUAUUACUAUUAUGAUUAUUCUAAUUAUUAUUACAAAUUAAGAAGAGUACUAUCACUAUGAAGCGAGUACACCACUAUUAGCUUUUAGUAUCGUCGAUAAUAAUAUUAUCGAAAGCGAAUAACGACAAUUGACUGCGAAAUUGGCAUUAUUCGAUACGCAUACACCUAACAUAUAUAUUUCCAAUUUCUCUCACUCGAGAAUGUGUGUAUGUGUGAGUAUGAAAGAAGAAGAAGAAGAAGAAGAAGAAGAAGGAGAAGACGAAGGAAGGAAGAAUAAAAGGAGAACAACUUUUUUCAUCGCACGUUUUCUAAUCGAUAUAAUAAUAAUAAUAAUGUAACGUUUCGUCUUCAAGAAAAAAAAAAAGUCGAAGGGGCAGAGAUGGUGUGUCCCUGGUAUCUUUAAAUUUAUAUUCUCUUCUCUAGACUUUUACGAAGUUGUGAAUCAUGCAUUGUGAUAUUACCGUAUAGCCUACCUAUUGUAUAUUGUUAUAACAUAAUAUUACAAAAUAGUAUGUAAUGUCACGCAACUUUCCAUUUUUACUUCGACAUUUCUAUAUUUAUCUUCAUCUCUUCAUAUGGAAUUAUUGUAAUAAAAAUAUUGAUGAAAUCAAAA